ACCACAUUUUCUUCAUACACACACCCUUUUAAAUAGCACUGGUUAACCCAUGUUUUUCUCACCAAAUUGUUCUCUAAUUCACUUCUAAUCUCAUUCUCACACAAACACUCUCUACUGCUAUGGCAUCAGACAAGAAGAUUAGGAUCGGCAUCAACGGAUUUGGAAGGAUUGGCCGUUUGGUGGCUAGAGUUGCCCUUCAAAGAAAUGAUGUUGAACUCGUUGCCAUUAACGAUCCUUUCAUCACCACUGAUUACAUGACAUACAUGUUCAAGUACGACAGUGUUCAUGGACAGUGGAAGCAUUUUGAUGUUAAGGUGAAGGAUUCUAAGACCCUUCUCUUUGGUGAGAAGCCCGUCACUGUUUUUGGAAUUAGGAACCCUGAGGAGAUUCCAUGGGGUGAAGCUGGUGCUGAUUUUGUUGUUGAGUCAACUGGUGUGUUCACUGACAAGGAUAAGGCUGCUGCUCACUUGAAGGGUGGUGCCAAGAAGGUUGUGAUUUCUGCCCCAAGUAAGGAUGCACCCAUGUUUGUUGUUGGUGUUAACGAGAAGGAAUACAAACCAGAGCUUAACAUUGUUUCCAAUGCUAGUUGCACUACCAAUUGCCUUGCUCCCCUCGCCAAGGUUAUCAAUGACCGAUUUGGAAUUGUGGAGGGUCUUAUGACCACUGUUCACGCCAUCACAGCUACUCAGAAGACUGUUGAUGGUCCAUCAAGCAAGGACUGGAGGGGUGGAAGAGCUGCUUCCUUCAAUAUCAUUCCAAGUAGCACUGGAGCUGCUAAGGCCGUAGGAAAAGUUCUUCCAGCACUGAAUGGUAAAUUGACUGGAAUGUCUUUCCGAGUUCCUACUGUGGAUGUUUCAGUUGUCGAUCUCACUGUGAGGUUGGAGAAGAAGGCAACCUAUGAGCAGAUCAAAGCUGCUAUCAAGGAGGAAUCAGAAGGAAGUUUGAAGGGGAUUUUGGGUUACAUUGAAGAAGAUGUGGUGUCUACUGACUUUGUUGGUGAUAGCAGGUCUAGCAUAUUUGAUGCCAAGGCCGGAAUUUCUUUGAAUGAAAACUUUGCAAAACUUGUUUCUUGGUAUGACAACGAAUGGGGUUACAGUUCCCGUGUGAUUGAUUUGAUUGCCCACAUGGCAUCUGUGGCUUAAGAGUUGACUCUGAGCUUGGAUUGCAUCGUUACAUCGUUCUGAGUUUUGUCUUUAAUCAAAAAGUUCAGUUUAGUGUGAAUUCGGAAUAAACACUUGCAUUGCUGUGAGUGGUAUCAUUGAAACAAAAGUUCCAAUAUUUUUAUUUACAUUUUUUCAAGUUUACUAGAACGAUCUUAGGUUUUUCCUCCUCUUGUUCAAAGGACGGAUGAGUCUUAUGUUUCAUUAUCAUAAUCAUCUCAAUAUAAGCCAAAUACUUUGUUUU